UUUUACGUCGUCUUUCCCUUUAAAUGCGCUGCUCGGACUGCGCUCGCGGUCUCAUGAUGUGACGUAACGGCGCAGCUGACAGCAAUGAAGCGCACUUAGUUUGGUCCGCCGGUGUGAACGCAACGGCAACCGCAAACCUCACGCGCAUCCCGUCUGUUUUUGGGCUUGUCACGGCCCGGUAGCGCUUAUAUUAAACAUAUGCGCGGUAGUGCGCUCAUAGUGAAGCUCUGACGCGCGCGCAAAGCGACUGAAGCGCUGUUUUAGUUCACCUCUGUGAAUUCGCGCGCCUCCGCUCUCUUAUAACGGUCGCUCCGGGGAGAAGUGCGUCAGUCGUGGCUAUGAUCACCUCCACCCCGAUGGAGAGCCGCGCCUCCGCCUUGCGAUCCUCCAGGCGAAGCGGCGCGUCUCCGUCCGGCGUCAGCCCGACGCGCCUGACGCGCCUGCAGGAGAAGGAGGACCUGCGGCAGCUCAACGACCGCCUGGCCAACUACAUCGAGCGCGUCCGACAGCUGGAGAACGACAAGAGCUCCCUGCAGCUCCUGCUGGAGGAGAAGGAGGAGGUCACGCGCAGGGAGGUCGGGAGCGUGCGCCGCCUGUACGAGACCGAGCUCGCGGACGCGCGCAAGGCUCUGGACGCCACCGCUAACGAGCGCGCGAGGCUCCAGAUCGAGCUGACGCAGCUGCAGGAGGAGCACCGCAGACUCACGGCCAGGAAUAAUAAGAAGGAGAGCGAGCUGACCACGGCCGUGGGACACUGGAGGAAUCUCGAAGCCGCUCUGAACUCGAAAGAAGCCGAUUAUGCCAACUUACUGUCCACCAACCGCCGGCUGGAGAACGAGAUCUCUGACCUCAGGACUCAGGUGUCCAACCUUGAAUCAGGGCUGCAGAGCCUCAAAACCCAGCUGAACUCCGAGAUGCUGCGGCGUGUGGAUGCAGAGAACCAGCUCCAGACGCUUCAGGAGCAGCUGGACUUCCAGAAGCAUCUCAGUGAACAGGAGGUGCGUGAGAUGCGCAGUCGUCACGAGAGCCGGCUGAUGGAGCUGGACAGCGGCAGACAGAAGGAGUUCGAGGGGAAACUAGCCGAAGCCAUGAAGCAGCUCCGAGAGGAACAUGAAGCUCAGAUCCAGCAGUACAAAGAGGAGCUGGAGAAAACCUUCGCUGCUAAGAGUGAGGUAGUCUGCAGUUUCUCUCAGCUGAGGUGCAGGAAAACUGUAGUUCAGGGAUUUGAGCGACAGGAAGUGGCUGCUGCGACCUGGACGCACAGGAAGUGCUUGAGUCCGUCACAUCUGUCUGUCAUGGUACCUCAGGGUGAAGGAUUGAAGAACAGCGACUUCGCCUCGUCGACGAGAGAAGAGCUGGUGGGAACUAAACUCAGACUGGAGUCUCAGUCCAUUCAGAUCUGCAACCUGCAGAAACAGAAUGCAGCUCUGGAGGCUCGUGUUCAGGAGCUGGAGCAGAAUGUUGUUGGUGUUAGUGACAUGUUAACCAGCAGCGGCUCUCACAGAGGGAGAGAUGAGAUGGCAGCGGAUGUGGCAGGAGGUGGAGGGGCGGUUGGAGGAGUGCUGCAGCAGAUGCAGGAGUGGAGGAGAGCUGGAACCUGGCUCAGCUCACGCAAGAAGCUCAUGCUGGACAUGGAGAUCAACGCCUACCGCAAGAUGCUGGAGGGAGAGUUGUUGUUUUGGUGGAUUAAAUGCACUGAGAGCUACGUCAGCGAGCCUGAAGCAGUGCGUAGACUGAUGCUGAGUGCUGUGUUUGUGUGCAGACUGAAUCUGUCUCCGAGUCCGGUGCAGCAGUCGUCCAUCCCUCGCACUCACGCUCAAGCCGUGAGGAGACACUGGACGAGGAAGCGCAAGCACGAGGGCACGAGUUCAGGACUGUCCCCCAGCUACAAGCUCUCCCAGCAUUCCUCGUCGCGCGGGAGCCUGUCCAUUGACGAGAUCGACCCGGACGGACGCUUCAUCAAGCUCAAGAACAACUCGGAUCAGGAUCAGUCUGUGGGCGGCUGGGUGCUGAGGAAGAGUGAAGCAGAAGCUCCUGACAUCGUGUUUCAGAUCCCCUCUCCGUGUGUGCUGAGCGCCGGACAGACGCUGACGAUCUGGGCCGCGGGGUCAGCGACGGAGCUGGUGCCGCGGGGGGAUCUGGUGCUCGGGGGGAUACUGGUGCUGGGGACCGACGAUUCGGAGUGGUGGGCGUUUCGGUGA